CAUUUGCUUCUUCUUCUUCUUUGUACUGCGCACAUUUCUCUCACGCCCACUUUCGCCGUCGGUGUUCUGCUCCCCUCCCACCAGAGAUGACGGUGACGAGUGGAGUGACAAUUCUGCCAGAUCUCGGCACCGAGAUCCUGAUCCCGGUGUGCGCUGUCAUCGGCAUCGCCUUCGCUCUCAUCCAGUGGGUCCUCGUCUCCAAGGUCAAGCUCUCCCCCGAUAAUUCCGCCCCAACUGCCAAAAACGGCUUCUCCGAGUCGCUUAUUGAGGAGGAGGAAGGCAUCAAUGACCACAGCGUCGUUCACAAGUGCGCCGACAUCCAAAACGCCAUCUCCGAAGGUGCAACUUCAUUCCUUUUCACUGAAUACCAGUAUGUUGGUGUAUUCAUGGUUGCCUUUGCCAUUUUGAUCUUUGUUUUCCUCGGCUCGGUUGAGAGUUUCAGCACAAAGAGCCGGGCAUGUACAUAUGACAGCUCCAGAAUGUGCAAGCCUGCUCUUGCCACUGCUGUCUUCAGCACCAUAUCUUUCUUGCUUGGUGCUGUUACUUCAGUAGUGUCUGGAUUUCUUGGAAUGAAAAUUGCAACUUAUGCAAAUGCCAGGACUACCCUGGAGGCCAGAAAGGGCGUUGGGAAGGCUUUCAUCACAGCAUUUAGAUCAGGUGCUGUGAUGGGCUUCCUUCUUGCUGCUAAUGGUCUUUUGGUGUUGUACAUUGCUAUCAAUCUCUUCAAGUUGUACUAUGGUGAUGAUUGGGAAGGCUUGUUCGAGGCUAUAACUGGAUAUGGUCUUGGCGGAUCUUCUAUGGCCCUCUUCGGCAGAGUAGGUGGAGGUAUAUAUACAAAAGCUGCAGAUGUCGGAGCUGAUCUUGUGGGCAAGGUUGAGAGAAACAUCCCCGAGGAUGAUCCUAGAAAUCCAGCGGUGAUUGCUGACAAUGUUGGUGAUAAUGUUGGAGAUAUUGCGGGCAUGGGAUCAGACUUGUUUGGUUCAUAUGCGGAAUCAUCUUGUGCUGCCCUUGUUGUCGCUUCAAUAUCUUCCUUUGGGGUCAACCAUGAGUUCACUGCUAUGCUAUAUCCUCUCCAUGUUAGUUCUGUGGGUAUCCUUGUUUGUCUGCUCACCACCCUAUUUGCGACUGAUUUCUUCGAAGUCAAGGCAGUAAAAGAAAUUGAGCCAGCAUUGAAGAAGCAACUCAUAAUCUCCACGGCUUUGAUGACGGUUGGCAUUGCUGUUAUUACCUGGAUUGCCCUUCCGUCUUCCUUCACCAUUUUCAACUUUGGAGUUCAAAAAGCAGUAAAGAGCUGGCAGUUGUUCUUGUGUGUUGGUGUUGGCUUGUGGGCUGGACUUAUUAUUGGGUUUGUCACAGAGUAUUACACUAGCAAUGCUUACAGCCCUGUGCAAGAUGUUGCUGAUUCGUGCCGCACUGGAGCUGCUACCAAUGUUAUUUUUGGCCUUGCUUUGGGUUACAAAUCAGUUAUAAUUCCCAUAUUUGCCAUAGCGAUCAGCAUCUUUGUCAGCUUCAGCUUUGCAGCGAUGUAUGGCAUUGCGGUUGCUGCCCUUGGAAUGCUGAGCACUAUUGCUACUGGUUUGGCUAUUGAUGCAUAUGGUCCCAUCAGUGACAAUGCUGGAGGAAUUGCGGAGAUGGCCGGCAUGAGCCACAGAAUCCGUGAGAGAACCGAUGCCCUUGAUGCUGCCGGAAACACCACAGCAGCUAUUGGAAAGGGUUUUGCCAUCGGAUCUGCUGCCCUUGUGUCUCUCGCCUUGUUUGGUGCAUUUGUGAGCCGGGCCGGAAUUUCAACUGUUGAUGUCCUGACACCUAAAGUUUUUAUUGGCUUGCUCGUCGGUGCAAUGCUUCCUUACUGGUUCUCUGCUAUGACAAUGAAGAGUGUCGGGAAGGCUGCUCUUAAGAUGGUUGAGGAAGUGCGCAGGCAAUUCAAUACCAUCCCCGGCCUCAUGGAAGGCACAGCCAAGCCCGACUAUGCCACCUGCGUUAAGAUCUCCACUGAUGCCUCUAUCAAGGAGAUGAUCCCACCCGGUGCUCUUGUCAUGCUCACUCCCCUCAUUGUCGGGAUUUUCUUUGGCGUGGAAACCUUGUCUGGUGUCCUUGCUGGAUCCCUCGUCUCUGGUGUACAGAUUGCUAUAUCUGCAUCCAACACUGGUGGUGCCUGGGAUAACGCCAAGAAGUAUAUCGAGGCUGGGGCUUCCGAGCACGCAAGAACUCUUGGUCCUAAAGGAUCUGACCCGCACAAGGCUGCUGUGAUAGGCGACACUGUGGGCGACCCUCUCAAGGACACAUCUGGGCCGUCGUUGAACAUUCUUAUCAAGCUCAUGGCCGUCGAGUCGCUCGUCUUUGCUCCUUUCUUUGCUGCACAUGGCGGUCUGCUCUUCAAGAUCUUUUAGAGAACAGAAAAAUUUCACCUUUUCUAACUUCUCAUCAAAAGUUCCUGAAAUUAGUAAAAGUUGAGGUUUGCUCAGAAAUUUUCACCUAUUCUGGGAGGAGAUUACUUUACGGCCGGCGCUGCUGAUCGUGAAAUAUUUGGAAUAGUUGGGGGAUCCUUUUACAUGUAUCGUUUUCUGUCCAACAUUUUCUUUUUGGGACAUGUUUAAGAAAUUUUGUUGGAAUCGGUAAGAGUUGGUAACUUUUAUGGAUCUGUGUUAAAUUGACCCACCAAUUGAACUGUUUACAUUUCUUUUUGCACAAUAUGAUUGGGUUUAGUGCCAACGAGCCUAAUAUUGGCUUAAUAUAUUCUAAAUUCAGUA